AUGGUGAUUACUCCAUUUUCCCUCCUCGCAAUAUUUCUUCCUUUGGCAGCCGCCGUCAUGCAUUGCGGCCCGUGUGGCAAGACCGCGGUCCCCUACCCGAUGAGCAGCGGCCCGAACUGCGGAGACCAGGCCUACAAAAUCAAGUGUGAUCCAAAUACAAGCACUCUUCAUUUCAUCUCCAAGCCCGGGAGACUCUAUCCGAUCACAUCCAUCGACACAAAAUCCCAACGGAUGGUGAUCCGGCCGCCAUCUGUGCUCCCAGGCACGUGCUUCUCCGAGGACUUCAGCAGCGAAGGCUUCCAGAUGGACGACUCGCUCCCCUUCAACAUCAGCAGCAGCAACACAAUACUCCUCUUCAACUGCACAGACAACAUGCUUCAUUUGCAGGUGCCUAUCAACUGCUCCUCCAACUGCCCUUGCCACACCUACAUCGACAACACCCGGUCAGCAAGCGCAUGCAACAAGCAGAAGCUGUGCUGCUCGUUUAGGACAGGGGGAUCGCAAAACGCGUACAUCAUCCGUGUCCACGCAAAUGGAUGUAUGGCGUAUCACAGCUACGUGAACUUCGACCCUGGCCUCCCGUUUGCCAAGUGGCCGGCGCCUGGCUUGGAGCUCCUCUAUGUCUCGCCAUUGGAGCCAACCUGCAACACUAAGGCAGACUGCCGCGAGCUUCCCUUUUCAACGUGCUUGGCGGACUCCACUGAUGGCGGCCGGAGGAGGUGUCUCUGCAAGAAGGGUCGCUACUGGGAUCCUGCAACAGGAUAUUGCCAAAAGUGUAGACAUGGAACAGGCUGCAAAAUACAUACGAAUCACACACCAGCUAUUGGAGCUACUGCAGGCGUAUUCGUUGUACUGCUCCUGACCGCGUUCCUGGUGUACAGACAACGUCAAUACACGAAGAACGUUGCAAGAAAGACACUAAUAAAAGAAAGAGAGAACAUCUUAAAUUCCAACAACAGCGGAAAAUCAGCAAAGAUCUUCUCAGGUAAAGAAAUCAGGAAAGCAAGCAAUGACUUCUCUAAAGAAAACCUGCUCGGCAGUGGUGGAUUCGGAGAGGUUUUCAAGGGUACCUUAGACGAUGGAACCGACAUAGCUGUUAAGAGGGCCAAGCCAGGAAAUGCAGCGGGCACGGCCCAAGUCCUCAACGAGGUCAGGAUCCUCUGCCAGGUCAACCACCGGAGCUUGGUGAGAAUGAUCGGCUGCUGUGUGGAGCUGGAGCAGCCCCUCUUGAUCUAUGAGUAUGUCUCGAGGGGAACCCUUUUCGAGCACCUGCAUAGGGCAGAGGCGCACCAGACACCGCCUCUGAACUGGCUGAGGCGCCUCUUCAUUGCCCACCAGGCGGCUGACGGCCUUGCCUACCUCCACUCCUCUGCCGUGCCCCCCAUCUACCACAGGGACGUGAAGACGAGCAACAUACUCCUGGACGAGAAUCUUGAUGCCAAGGUGUCGGAUUUCGGGCUGUCGAGGCUUGUUGAAUUGAGCGAGAGGGAUUGCACCCACAUCAACACCUCUGCUCAAGGGACGCUAGGCUACCUCGACCCCGAAUACUACGUGAAUAUGCAGCUGACGGAUCGGAGUGAUGUGUACAGCUUCGGCGUUGUGCUGCUGGAGCUUCUGACUUGCAAGAGAGCUAUUGAUUUCAAUAGGGAGGAGGAAAAUGUGAACCUGGUGGUUUACAUGAAGAGGAUAUUUGAUGAGGAUAACCUGAUGGCAGUGAUUGAUCCGGCGAUCAAGCAGGGGGCAUCGGACGUGGAGCUGGAGACGAUGAAGGCCAUCGGGAAUCUGGCUGCAGCUUGCUUGGAUGAACGGAGGCAGAAUCGCCCUUCGAUGAAAGAAGUCGCUGAUGAGAUUGAAUGCGUUAUCAGCAUUAUCACCGGCAAUGAUGCUUUCAAAAUAUAGCAGUCUGGUGUUCUAGUUUGUGAUUUUGUUUCUGAAUUGAUUUGCACAAGA